GGCUCCGGGCGGCUCCGGGUAGCUCCGUGCGGCGGCUCCGGGUAGCUCCGGGCGGCGGCUCCGGGCUGCCCCGUGCGGCGGCUCCGGGCAGCUCCGGGCUGCCCGGGGCGGCGGCAGAGCCCAGGAGAGACCGGCCGGCGCGCCGACCGUCAGUCCGUCGCCGCCUGUCGCCGCGCGCUCGCCCCCAUGAAGAUCUCCGGUGUUGCGGUGCUCGCUCUGUGUGUGACGGCGGCCAGCUGCCUCCCACAGGAUGGCGGCGUGCCGACGCCGGCGGCCGAGGCCAGCCCGCCCGGCGGCGGCGGCCCGGCGCCCUCGGUGACGGCCAUCCUCGACCAGCUCGGCUCCUGGUUCUCGGGCGUCUCCGGCAAACUGUACACGGCCGUCAGUGACAACCUGCGCAACCGGGUCAACCUGGACCGCGUCACCGACCAGGUGUCCACGCUGAUCCCGCGGUUCGACUACGCGCCCUUCACGGUCAUCUCCAACAACUCGGAGGCGGGGUACGAGGUGCGCCACUACCCGGCCCAGCUGUGGGCCUGCACUGAGGAGCCCGUCACCGUGGAGCCCAUGGAGGAGGAGGCCGUCCAGUGGAACCGCACCAAACUCAUGUUCGACAGACUCUUCAAGUACUUUGCCGGGGAAAACAGCCGAGACGAGAAGAUCCAGAUGACGCUGCCGCAAACGACGCGGUUCGACGCCUACUCGGAGAGCCCGACGUACCGCCUGUGCUGGUACCUGCCGCACGCGCUGCAGAACAGCCCGCCGCCCACGCCCGACGACUCGUACGUCGAGGUGGCCCUGCUGCCGGCCAGGACUGUCAUCGCGCGACGGUUCGGCGGCUACGUGGUCUACCGGCGCGGCUGGGACCGCGCCGCGUUCGCCCUGGAGAAGAUCACCCGCGAGCACGGCCUGCAAAACAUCGACUUCACCAAGUACUACAGUGUCAACUACGACCCUCUGCUCAAGUUCUGGAACCGUAAGAACGAGGUCUGGUUCGAGCUGCAGGCCAACUAGACGCCGUCGACUGCCGCAACUGCCGAUAACACCGAAACGCGACGCUGAAAAACUACCGUCAGCGUCAGUGCCCGAUCGGCGUCUGCUUCGUGAUUAUUUUGGCGACAGAGGCAACUAUGCAGUCAGCUCUCAGUUUGAGGUCUUAUCAUAACGACCGAACAAGAGUUUCAUCUUCAUUCUUGAUCUGCCAAAGUAGGACGCAUUACGGCAAGAGCCGUAAUGGCAAGAGGCAAGAGCCGUCCCUUGAAGUCAAGGGAACUGCGUCCAAAGACACGCACCACCCGCCGUGCCCUCGCAGAGGGCCCGGCGCAUGCUAGCUAUUCGUUGAGCGAGUGUAGAGCGUGAUAGGCCCUGUAUCCGGCCGCAGUUGUUGCCUGUUUUUAUAGGUGUGCUAGAGACUGUAAUUGCAUUGUUAUUACGUUUGUUGUUUGUAUUGUUAUUACGUUUGUUGUUUGUAUUGUUAUUACGUUUGUUGUUUGUAUUGUUAUUUGUUAUUGUUAUAUUAUACUACGUCACUAUCGUCAAGUAGAAGUCUAUAAAUAUACUCAUAAGUCUGA